GACGCUGCCGCGCGCAUGCGCAGAGCUCACACUCACCUGUCUCACUUUAGCACUCUAUUCAUCCAUCAUCAAUGGGAAACCGCACUAUAUUCCUUGUAAAUAACUCACUUCACUGCGUGUCAAAUGCCAAAGGGAUCUGUCAGAACCAACGGACAUGUCCGAAAGUUCCUCUGGAGUGAACACCAGCAGUGAAAGUUUUCCGAAGUCCCACUCGCACUACUCUGAUUUAAGCGACACACACACUCCUGUGGAACUGACUCCAGACUCUGGCAUUGUUGCCACUCCACUGCCGUCCAGUCGGUUCAGGUUUGCCUCGUGGCACUGGCUAGAGGAGCAAGAUGUCAGCGGAGACCAGCUCGCCUGCCCCAGGGUGCUGAACUUGUCUUAUCAGGAACUAGGAGAUCCGUACCAGCUGGAGAACUUCAUGCGCAUCCUGAGGAGACUGAUCCGGGUGGAGCGUCUGCAGCUGGUGGAUAACGCACUGAGAGAUCUCAGCUCUGUCAGACUGCCAAGAUGUAAAAUCCUGAAUCUUCACCGGAACAACUUGACAUCCAUUCGUCAGCUGCCAAAGGUUCCCGAGAUCCAGCACUUGUGCCUGUCUGAAAACAGUAUUUCCUCUCUGAGCGAACUGUCCCUGCUGAAGAGCACGCCCCUCCGAUCUCUGACCCUCAAACGGAACCCCUGCCAGUUUCUGGAGGACUACCGCUCACGUGUGUUCUCCUGUUUGCCAAAACUCCAAGUUCUGGAUGGCAUCCCAAAGCUACCGGAAGAUUCCGUGCCUCUCUCUUCACCGGCAGCAUCCACAUUUUGUACCAUUCUCUGAUGUUGAAACCUGAAGCCAAGAUCUGAAUCGAGUGUAUACUGUAACGUCAGAGUG